CACCCGGCCAGGCCCGCCGACAUCCGCUGCGCGUCCCGUUGCGUGCUCAGCGCCCCCGCUGCAGUCUGCGCUGCCUCGAUGUUCCAGUUGCCCAUCUUGAAUUUCAGUCCCCAGCAAGUGGCCGGGGUAUGCGAGACUCUGGAGGAGAGCGGCGACGUAGAGCGCCUGGGUCGCUUCCUCUGGUCGCUGCCCGUGGCCCCUGCGGCCUGCGAGGCCCUCAACAAGAAUGAAUCGGUGCUGCGCGCGCGAGCCAUCGUGGCCUUUCACGGCGGCAACUACCGCGAGCUCUACCAUAUCCUGGAAAACCACAAGUUCACCAAGGAGUCGCACGCCAAGCUGCAGGCGCUGUGGCUCGAAGCGCAUUACCAGGAGGCUGAGAAGCUGCGUGGACGGCCCCUGGGGCCGGUGGACAAGUACCGCGUGAGGAAGAAGUUCCCGCUGCCGCGCACCAUUUGGGACGGCGAACAGAAGACACACUGCUUCAAGGAGCGCACGCGGCAUCUGCUACGGGAAUGGUAUCUGCAGGACCCAUACCCCAAUCCCAGCAAAAAGCGUGAGCUUGCCCAGGCAACCGGACUGACCCCUACGCAGGUGGGCAACUGGUUCAAAAACCGCCGACAAAGGGACCGGGCGGCUGCAGCCAAGAACAGACUCCAGCAGCAAGUCAUGUCGCAGGGCUCCGGGCGGGCUCUAAGGGCUGAGGAAGAGGGCACGCCCGAGGUGCUGGGCGCCGCCGCCAGUCCGGCCGCCAGCCUAUCCAGCAAGGCAGCCACUUCAGCCAUCUCCAUCACGUCCAGCGACAGCGAGUGCGACAUCUGA